AUGACCAACACAAGUGCGAUGGCGGGUGCGCCGUCAACGACACCGAUCGACCAUGGAUACAAGUCGGUCCCACUCGUCUUUGACGCCUUCCUACCUGCCGCCUUCGUCGUCGUCGUGCUGGCAUUGCGGCUUUGGCCCAAAUCGUCAAAUUCGAAGCCGUCGCUGCUGGGUCGCGUCUUCACUUCGUUCGUUACGCCUGAAGACGUCCACGAAUACGACCGUCAGGAGGCGGAAGCGAAGGAACAGGACAAGCAGAUCGGUGCUAGUCUGAAUACCGACGCCUCGCCCGACGGAUAUGGGUCUACACACGUCGGGAAGGCCGACGGCUCGCCACGCAGCAAAGCUGCUACAUCGAACGAGGCGGGAAACUCCGAGACCUCGCCGCUCUUGGGAGGCCGCUCCGACUCGCAGAUCCCCAACUUUACAGAUGAUGUGCCGAAACAGCCUGCUGCAGUACACUUUGGACUCUCGGUCAUCAGCGUCCUCCACCUUAUCGCAUGGACGGCUGCUCUUCUCAUCACCCUGCUGAGCCCUCGCCUCGCCAGCCGCUUGGGCAACGAAGCCGGCUUCGAAACACGGGCGGGCCUUCAGCUUGCAGCCGCUCUCCAAACAGGUGCCUGGAUCUACGCCAGCAUCCUUUCUUGCUUCUUCCCGUCGCCCACACCGCCGUACACUCUGCUCGUCUUCUACGCCUUUCAACUGGCCGGCUCGGCUGUGUCAGGCUACCGCUCGAUUCUAUCCACUCCCCAUCCUCCGUUCCAUCCACCACAUAGCAGCCAGCUCGCUCCACCGGCCUUCAGCAUCGCCUCUCUUGCGCUAAGCCUUGUUGCGGUUGCGCUCAUCAUGAGCCUGCCCCUUCAGGUGUACGACCGCAACCCGCAGUACGACAGAAACGGAUACCCUCCACCGCUCGAGGACUACUGCACCCUCUGGGAGUGGGUCAGCUUUUCUUGGCUCAAUCCCAUCAUCAACGCCGCGCUCACCAGGCCGCUGGAAGAGACAGAUGUCUCGCAGCUCAGCAAGCUGUCCAAGUCACAGGUGCUGUUGAACAAGAUGCGAACGAUCCAGCGCGAGGAUGACCAAGCGUAUGCUGCAGCCAAGGAAAAAGCCCAGACGGCCAGUGCCGAUGCACGCGCCAAAGCCGAGAAGAGGGCCGAGGCAAAGAAGCCCAACUUGGUGCGCCAGGUGUUCUGGAUGAACUCGAGGGACAUGGCGCUCGACUUUGUUCUCACCAUCGUUUCCUACAGCUUGGCGUACGCCAGCCCUUUCUUCCUCAAGCAAAUUCUGGACUCCCUUCAGACCAGCGCCCCUGCAACCGAAGCCUUCGUCUCCGCCCACGACUUCUCCCGAGGUUCGGCUGAGGCGGCAAUCUCCACAGGUAUCCAGGGCACAGUUCAACUCUAUGCCACGCCGAUGCUGGGCUGGAUGAAGUCGGUCCCCGACUUUAUCGAUCCGGCAAGGAAACGCGCCUUCUUGUUCGCUGUCUUUGCCCUGCUCGCUUCGCUUGUAAAGACGCAAACCGACCUUCAGCAUCUGUAUUAUAGCCGCCGUGCCAGCGUUCGUAUCAAGACCGAGCUCACUCUGGCAAUCUAUGACAAGGCGCUCCGUCGCAAGGACAUCUCGGGCUCGUUGCAGAACGCAACCUCCACUGCCAAUGCCGAGCAGACGCAUGAAUCGGCGGACAAGGACGCAAAGACGGACAAGAAGGAUGGAGACGCCGAAGCCGCCAAGAAAGCAAAACAGCAGCAGGAAGAGGAGGACAACAGCGCCGCAAGCGUUGGCAAGGUCGUCAACCUCAUGGCAACCGAUGCCAACUCGAUCUCAACCUCGGUGACCGCGUUGUACAUGGGCUAUUCGGCCCCGUUGGAGCUGGCGAUCGCCACCACAUUCCUCUACAAACUCCUCGGCUGGUCGGCGUUCACCGGCGUCGGACCUGCGCUCAUCUUGAUGCCGCUCCAACAGCGCUUUACAAUGAUGUCGUACGAGAACAACAAGGGGCUCCUCAAGGCGCGCGACAAGAGGAUCACGGUGCUCAACGAGCUCGUGACAUCGAUCCGCUUCAUUAAGUUCUUCGCUUGGGAGCAGGGAUGGUCCAAACGGAUCUUGAGCGCCCGAAAGGAGGAGGUCAAGUGGCUCUACCGCAAUGCGUGGAUCAUGGCCGGGCUGAUCGCGUCGUUUGCGCUCGUACCGCUGGCGUUUACCAUCACCGCGUUUGCGUCGUACACACUGGUCGAGGGCAAACAGCUCGAUGUCGCGACAGGGUUCACGGCCAUCGCCCUGUUCGGCAUGCUCAAGAACCCGCUCAGCGUGCUGCCUAUGAUCAUCAACAUGAUCUUCCAGGCCAAGGUCUCGGUGGACCGCAUCAACACGUUUUUGCAGGAGGACGAGGUGCCCAGCUGGGUCGUACACAACGCUUUGGCGCACGAUGCACAAGACCAGCCAAACGAAACCGCUCACAGCGACCGAACAAUCGUCUUGCGCGAUGCAACGCUCCGUUGGCACGCUGCGAAGCCUACGAAGAAGCAAGAUCAGCCGGCCGCCAAGCGCUCCUUCCUCUCAAAGCUCCAGUUCUGGAAGAGAGCGAAAAAUGCCGAGAUGGCGACUGCCACGGAACAUGAACAGCUCGAGCCCGAGGCAGAGCCUUUCCACCUAACGGCCCUGGACCUGCGACCGCCGCCCGGCCAGAUGACGCUGAUCUGUGGUCCGACCGGAUCCGGAAAGUCUUCGCUAUUGUCCGCAAUCAUGGGCGAGAUGGAGCUGCUCGAGGGCUCGGUCCUGCUGCCCAAACGUCCUCUGCGGCUGCUCAGUGGCGGCGUGGCGUACUGCUCCCAGACGGCUUGGCUCGAGACCAUGAGCAUCCGUGACAACAUCGUCUUUGGCCAGUACUUUGAUCAGGCCCGUUACGACGCUGUGCUCAGCUGCUGCUGCUUGGAGCCGGACCUCAAGACGUUCCCCGAGGGCGACCAGACCGAAGUCGGCGAGAACGGCGUCUCGCUCUCGGGUGGUCAGAAGGCCAGAGUGGCGCUGGCACGCGCAGUGUACUCUCGCUCACCGAUCCUGCUCCUCGACGAUGUGCUGGCUGCCGUCGACUCCCACACGGCCAAGAGGCUGGUGGACGAGUGCCUAUGUGGCGAGCUCGUCAAGGGCCGCACGGUCGUGUUGGUGACACACCACGUCGAUGCUGUACUCCCUCAUGUCAAGCAUGUUGUUAUGCUCGAUGGCGGCCGCAUCAAGGCUAGCGGUUCGUCAUCAGAGCUCAGAGAGGCAGGCCUUCUCUCGCCAGCUGUACUCGGAUUAUCCUCGCCGGAAAGCCCGAACGUCAAGGGCAAACAGGCUGCGAAGGACCAGAUGAAGGAGGAAGAAGCAAAAGACGCCGCAGUCGAUGCACAGGCAAAGGCUCAGGCGGACUAUGGAGGCACGAACGACUCCGGCAAGAACGGUGCAGCAAGCGCGCCGGGACGAGGCAAGCUCGUCAGCGCUGAAGGAAAGUCGACGGGCCGCGUCAAGCGCGAGAUCUACGUCACGUAUCUGUCGGCCUUUGGCUGGCUUUUUGUCACGUUUGUGCUGCUCACGACAUUGGUGUCCCGCUUCGCCGACGUGUUGGAGAAGUACUGGCUCUCUUUCUGGGGUAAUGCGUACGAACACCGAGGCGGAUCCGAUAAGCAGGGCUGGUUCGCCGAUCCCAGGGCCAAUGUCGCUCCGUACCUGGGCGUGUACGUUGGCAUCCUGAUGCUCGGCUACGCCACAAUGAUCCUGUCCUCGUUGGUCGGUGGCAUCGGCGCCAUUGGUGCGGGCAACAAGCUUUUCAGCCGCAUGCUCAAGACCGUGGUGCGAUCUCCUACGCGCUUCUUCGAUCAGACGCCAACAGGACGCAUCCUGAAUCGCUUCACCAAGGAUGUCGAGACGGUCGACACGACGCUGUUCGGCAACAUCCGCUUCCUCCUGCUCUUCUCCGCCUCGUGCGUCUUCUCUAUCGGCACGAUGGCAGUCACGGUGCCGACUUUCGUGCCGUUCCUGUUCGUGAUCACCUACGCCUACUACCGUACGUCGGUCUCGUACAUCUCGGCAGCGCGCGACUUGCGACGCCUCGAGUCGGUGACGCGAUCCCCCAUCUUCCAGUCCUUCUCCGAGGUGCUCAACGGAAUUGCGACGGUGCGCGCGUACGGUGCGCAGGAACGCUUCAUGCAGACGCUCUUCCGUCGACUUGACGCAACGCAGAGUUGCUACAACUUGUUCUGGAUGGCGAACCGUUGGCUCAUGCUGCGCUUCGACGUCAUGGGCGCUUUCACUGUCUUUGGCGCCUCGGCACUGUCGCUGGCAGGCGGCAUCGAUGCCGGUCUGGCAGGUAUCGCCAUCACCCAAGCGCAGACGCUCGUGCUCGCGCUGUACUGGCUCUGCCGCUGUUGGACGGGCUUCGAGAUGGACCUCAACUCGGUGGAGAGGAUGCACGAAUACCUAGCAUUGCCACAGGAGCCGGCCGCAGUCGUCGAGGACCACCGUCCGCCCCCUGGAUGGCCAUCCAAGAUCGACAGCCGCGGAAUCCAGGUGAGCAACUUGGUGCUCAAGUACGCGCCCGAUCUGGACCCGGUGCUGCGCGGUGUCGAAUUCAGCAUCGGAGCAGGCGAAAAGGUCGGACUGGUGGGACGCACGGGCUCGGGCAAGAGUACCUUGGCGCUUGCCUUCUUCCGCUUUGUCGAGUACGAAGCAGGUUCGAUCGUUAUUGACGGCAUCGAUAUCAGCAAGAUUGGACUCGAUGACUUGCGCAGUCGACUCACCAUCAUUCCGCAGGAUCCAGUGCUGUUCAGUGGCACGAUCCGCGAGAAUCUGGACCCCUUCGAUGAGCGCACAGACGAAGAAUGCAUGCUAGCGCUUCGUCGGGUCAACCUGCGCACGAGCCCGAUCAACACGGCCGCACCAAGCUUGCUCCCGAGCCGCGCCGGGUCGAUUCAUGAAGUGUCGAUGGAGCCGCAUGCAUCGUCUUCGUCAUCGACGACGGUCAAUUCGGUGCUACCGUCGGGAGCAGGAAGCACGGUGUUUAGCCUGGAUACCAAGGUGUCGGAAGGCGGCAGCAACUUCUCGCAGGGGCAGAGGCAGCUGAUCUCGAUGGCGAGAGCGCUGCUGCGCUCGACAUCGAUCAUCUUCAUGGACGAGGCAACCGCUUCUGUUGAUUUUGAGACAGACACGCAGAUUCAGCGUACGCUGCGGUCGCCGCUGGACGCCGACGCGAGGCACAAGACGACGAUCAUCACGAUCGCCCACAGACUCAAGACGAUCAUCGACUAUGAUCGCAUUCUGGUCAUGGACAAGGGUCGUAUCGCUGAGAACGACUCGCCCGCUGCGCUGCUGGAGCGCAAAGGCAUUUUUUACGACAUGUGCCGCAAGACGGGCGAGUAUGAAGAGCUGGAGAUGCUGGCCAAUCACGCGGCUCGCUCCUAA